AUGAGCUGGAAACAGAACGUCACGACUGCUCAGCGAGCAUUUGUCGUGCGGCCCCAUUGGCAGCCGAUCCUGUCACGACCACCUCCCAGAUCGGCGUGGAUGGGACGAACCUUAACCACACGCUGGAUCCAAGGGGGCCAGGUCGCAAUGACAGAACGUUUUUGCAUGCGCUUAAAGAUACACAUGAGCUGGAAACAGAACGUCACGACUGCUCAGCGAGCAUUUGUCGUGCGGCCCCAUUGGCAGCCGAUCCUGUCACGACCACCUCCCAGAUCGGCGUGGAUGGGACGAACCUUAACCACACGCUGGAUCCAAGGGGGCCAGGUCGCAAUGACAGAACGUUUUUGCAUGCGCUUGAAACUGAAAAGAGUCCAUUACCUUCUCAGGAAAAAGAAACAAUAG